AUGGAUCGAGAGAGAGAAGAAUUGCACAAGUUGGAGAAACUUUGGACGCGGUUAAAAGCUGAGUUCGCUUUGCGAGAGAAAGUUCACCACAUCGUGUUUGAUAUAAUUUCAAACGCUUCAGAGGCAUUAGAUCGCCAUGAGAUGCUGGAAACUUGUAGAAAAAAAUCCAAUUACGUUCAGGAAGUCAUAAACUUUGCACAGAAAAAAUCAGCCAAUAACCAGUCAGACGAUUUAAGGUCCAAAGUGAGGAAGUACAUACUACAAGUGAUAGAGAAUGUCUCCCUCGCCGUUGAUGAAGCGGAACGAUGGCGACAUGUUCAAAAGAUUGUAAACAUUGCCAUUAACAGGGCCAGAGAAGACGUGAUCUCGUCACGCAAAACUGCCAAAGAGAUAGUUGUGACUGCUAUCGACAGGGCACGUGAGAAGGUUGCGCAGCAAAUCUCUCAUGAUCUGGAUGAAUGUGCUGAGGCCAUAGUGGCAGGUUCUAUCAUAUCGGCUACGCGAAAGAUGCAAGACGCUCCGGGAGUGAUCAUGGCGCGAUCUCUGGCUAUUGAGGCCGUGAAUUCCGCAAAAGCGUCCAUAGAACGCUUACACAAGGUGGAGCUUGAAGCCAUCGUCGAUGAAGACCAGUUUCAGUUUUCGACGACCUUGGAUAAGUGCGCCAAAGAGCUCACAAUGGCUGCUAUCAUAUCGGCCAGCAGAUCAUUGGAAAAUGUCUUAAGUAAGGACGAUUGCGAUUUGAUAGCAGCACGCUCUUCAGCCUCUGACGCUGUCGCAGCGGCUAGAUCUGCAGUUCAGAAGUUAUAUGGCAUAGAAGUUGAAACAGAUGAUGAAGACGAGGAUCAUUAUGUUACGAUUUUUAAGUGUCUCGUGAAAUCCGCAAAAGGUAUCGCUCAGGCCAUGGCUAGUACCUCUGACACAUUCUCUGGACAAUGCGAUCUGGAAGAUUUGACGGCCAAGAAACUUUCAACGGAUGCUGUGCAUGCAGGGAAGAUAUCAUUAGAAAAACUUGGCAUAAACGUUGAGGAAAUGGACGAUGACGAACAGGCUUGUAAAGAUAUCGCAAGUGCUGCUAUUGUUUCCGCUGCGCGUUCUUUGCAGAAAGACUUCCUGUCACGCGAAAGUGAUUUGGUAGCGGCAGCACAAACUUUAGCUCACACGGCAUUGGAAUCCGCAAAAGAAUCUUUUGAAUUGUUCUACCGUGCGGAAAUCGUUUCUGAUGCAAGGAUAGAAGGAAAGACGCAUAAACUCCCUUUAGAGUUGGAUGAAGUCGCAAGAGACAUUGCAGAGGCCACUGUUGAUUCAGCCACACGAUCUCUCGAGCGGAUAAUGGAAAAGAAAGAGUGGAAUCUGACAUCAACAAGUCACGAGCUGGUGAGUGAUGUAAUUGACUCUGUGAAGGCAUCGUUGGAAAGGUUUCACGGAGUCGCGAUUGAACCAGACGAAGAAGUUAUAUUGAGUUUACAAAAAGCCUCAGAGAGUUCUCUGGAAUAUUCCAUUUUUGCGAAGAGUGCCUCGUUGGAAACUUUACAAGGAAACGAACAAGACUUGUGCAUUGCAGCACGAAGUCUUGCACGGGAGGCUCUGAAAUCGGCAAAAGCAUCAAUACAGCGACUCAACAACAUCGCUGAUCAAAUGGAAGAAAACAUAAAACAAACUGCGCUUGACAUUUCCAAAACUCUCAUGGAUUCCUCAGGCAACCUUCUGCAAAAACUCGAGAGGGAAGGAUUAACCGUGGCGUCUCGAGAUCUUGGAUGCAGUGCAAUUGAGUCGGCUGCAAAAUCUUUCUCUAAAUUGCACGAAGACGAGGCUUCAUUGCAAAACGUUGCCGACGAUGACUCGGGCUUGCUGAACGCAGCAGCAAAAGUAUCUACAGUUUCCAUCCGUGCUUCUUUGGGUGAACUCUUUGAUCGAGGAUUCAUUGAUGGCCAGGAGUUAGAGGAAGCUACAGGCUACUUAGCAACUCAUGCAGUGCUCUCGGCUGAAAAUCUACUUGAUUCAAUACAAGGUGACUCUUCGGCAAGUUAUCUAGACUUGGAGAUUUGUAAAGUUGCCAAAGACCUGGCGUUAAAUGCAGUUGUAUCUGCAGAAAGAUCAAUUACCCGCCUGGCAGGAGAACACCAAGAACCUUCAGCAGAACGUAAUCCUCAUCUUGGAACCUUGUUUUGGAAGGUUACAACCUAUGUAGAGCAGCUGAUAAACGGUGCUUUGAGAAAUCUUGGGGCAGAGUGGUGUUUUGUCCAAAUAGAUGACGAUUCAGAAGAAUACGAUGAGCCUACCUUGGAUCACUCGGCUGACAAGGAAUACAAUGAUCAGAGAGAUAUCCUAAUGUCGAAAGCGUCAAAAAUUGUGCAGAAUGCCAUUGAAAUCGCAAAGUCAAGGAUUGCCUGUAAGUCAUUAUUUCUCAGCCAACCCAUUCCAGAUGACAGGCCUCAGUCUCGUCGUAGAAGUUCUGUUCAGUUCAACGAAACUUCAAGUUUGCAUAUUCACUGCGACAGCAGCGACAUUCCCCGUGACACUGGCUACUUGAGCUCUACAAAUAGGCCUCCAACUCCUUUCAGAGAGGAUCGUCCCAGUUCUGUUGUCUCACAGGCAAUUGAAGAACUCGAGAAAGAACUAGCCUUUUCUUCAGGUAGUUAUAUGGCCGAAACAAAAUCAUCCAGUAAUAGUCUUGUUCGACGACGCCUUUCCGAUCCAGGACCAGAGUUUUGCUCCGAAGAUAUAGCGCUCUCGAGGACAGAGCGUUCAGUGUCCGACUCAAACCUAAACGACCAAGGUACUUCCCUAGACAUUAAAGGCUCUUUGUAUGAUAUUUUAAAGAAACGAGAAGAGUCAGCGAGCUGCGAGAUCUCUCCCUCCGAGUCAUAUGUUGUCCUUCCUCAUUUAAACCCUUCUGAGUGUUCCUUGAUUGCCGCCCGAGUAGAGGCUUACGAAGUUUUAUGGAAACAAAAGACGACAACUUGUUCGGUAACAAGCCUGCCAUCUUUAUCUCCCAAAAACUCCUUUGUAGCCGCUGAACAAGUCUAUUCGGGUAAAGAAACGAAAAGACGUCGUUCAGUUUCAUUAUCUUCUCGUCUGCCAGAUAUAAGUAAGUCUGCCUCCAAAAUCUGCAAGCCCUCGUCGAGUGCAAGCUCUCUUAAAGGCCCGUCGUCUCAUCAUGAGGAAACGUCGAUACAAAAGCUCAAUCUUCCCUCCCAGACUUCUCUCAGGGCUUCGAAGGAGUCUUUAAAAGGGGAAUCGAUGUCUAACACUGGAAAAGCCUUACAUUCGUCUCGUGCCUCAGCUGAAAAGUUGUCAUUACCGGUGUCAUCUCGAAGUUCCCUGUCUAAAAAGGAAGAAUCUCGACGAAGUUCAGGAGAAAGUCUGACUUUAUCUUCGCCUAAACCGUCGGUGAGAAACGCGUCUAAUUCACAGCGCACAACAGAUGCAAAGAUUGUCCAAUCUGCUCGCAGCUCACCUUCGAAAGCCACAAUGUCCCCCCGUGCUUCUGUAGAGAAAGCUAUACUUUCAAAGGGAAAAUCAUCUAAAACUCAAAUCAAAACGUCUCCAAAAAGUUCUAAACUUCAUGCCUCCACAGAGAAAACGACAACUCCAUCUAGUGCCUCUUUGCAAAAAGGACUUACGUCUUCCCGGAGGUCGAUCGAGAUAGCAGCCUUGACCCAAGGAGAGUCAAAACAAACGAAAGCUUCCUCCACAAGUGCUUCAAGCCAGAAAGUUAUAUCUUCACCGACUGUUUCAAAAGAAAGUAUAGUUUCGUCCUUUGCAACAUCAAAGAGAAACACAACGUUGUCCACAAGUGCUUCUACCAGAAACGCCAUAUUGUCCCAACGUAGUUCCAAAGGAAACAUCACACGAUCACAACAUUCUUCUGCAGAGAAUGUAUUAUCAUCCCGAGGUGUCUCCAUAGAAGCAACAACAAAGUCGCCUCGUGGAUCUCUUGAGAAAGUAUCAUUGUUGCCGCGUGGCUCUACCGAGAACAUCGUUUCUAAACGAGGUUGCAAAGAGAAAGAUAGAAAGCUAUCAAGUAGGUCAUUUGAAAAUGCAACGAUGCCUCUGAGUUCGUCGAAGGGAGAUGUUACGCAGUCACCAGGUGUUUCCACUGAAAAUACAAAGGUGCUGUCACGUAUUUCCAAGGAGAAAAUCAGGCAAUCUUCUCAAAAUUCUUCUGAGAGAAUUACAUCAAAUGAACGCGGUUCUCAAGGAUUAGCUACCCAGUCUUCGAAUGCAUCGGAACAAAAUAUUUCACUUUCUCCAAAUAUGUCCAAAGAAAACGCUCAGGUUUCCCCCCUUAUUUCUUCAGAAGAGGCCACUCUAUCCUCUGGAUCGACCGGAAGAGUAGCUGGAAGUGCAUCGUCUUCUCUGAAAGCCCCUGAUGAUACAGAGUUAGCAUUGUCCAAGACCUCUAUGACAAUAGUUAAAACACUUGCAAGCCAAUCUGCAAAGGGUCCGGAGUCAGAGCAGGCUACAAUGAAAACGGAACCCGCCGAUAGAAAAUUGUCAAAAGAUUUGGUACGGUCUCCUGAAAAAUUGAUGGAAAAAAGUGAUCCUAAUAGGGUUUUAUCCCCUGUUGAGAACAUCGCACUUAGAUCAGACAUUGUGCAGGUGAUUGGUGAAGAAUCGAGGAAAACUAAGAAUAUUGAGAUCACCAUGGGCUCCAAGAAAGGUGUUCGUAGCUUAGAGAGACUAAUCCAGGACAAGAGAUUGACUCCGGAAGGAGCUGAGGAAGACUCAAGGCCGGCCUCUAGCGUAGACAUGACAACCAUGAGAAGGUUCACAGAUGCAACAGGAGAAAAAGGGACCGUUACUGUUUCCACGGACAAACGUAAGAGCCCAAAAUCGAUUUCGACGAAAGUCUCAACAAAAUCUUCUAUAGAAAAGGCAGUAUUGAAGGACAAUGAGAAAGAGGAUGUGGUUAUGGAAGGCGGAGGCAAAGACGAGAGGGAAUUUCAGAGUGUUUUCAUAACGACCGGAGAGAAAUGCUUUUCGGAGGAAGGAGACACGAAAGGGCAACUUAUUGAAAUGACUCAUGCCGCAACGGAGGAGAAGCAACUUGAACAAUUCAGUACGAAAAAAACAGCAAUGAUCAAUUUCGAAGGUUUCCCCUUGUCAAGGAAAAGGAGCGUGUCACGGUCUAUCCACGACACUGUUGAUGAUAUUGUUCAGAAAAUGUUGGACACGACGGGCGAGCCAACUAAAGACCUCGCUCAUUCUCGUCCCUCGUGUCAUGGAUCGUGCAAAGAGUUCAGGCGUGACAGCGAAGGAAGCCUUGGAAUGCAAAGGCUCAGUAAAGGGAGGCUUCCCACUGGCAAGGUUUCCAGAACAGUGAUAGACACUGUGGACUUCAUGGUUCAAAGUGUUUCAUCAUCUGACAAUUUAGGUUCACGGCAAGGUUCUACUGGACACUUAAGUGGAGGCGUAUCAAGAGCCGUCUCCUCUAUGGAGAAAUUAUCCAGAGGUUCCACCUCGGCACAAAACAUCCCAUGUGGCUCUGGAAUGAGUCCAUCUCCACCAACUAGCCUCCAACCAAAAGUACCAUCUCCGAGGAGAUCUCUGUUAAUUGCUACCUCAUCCCAGGACUCAGUGGGAAUCCGUGCCACCCAAUCAGAUUCUAGCAUACUCAGUUUGUCAAGUGAUACAGCCGCUGACCUCAGACAUAAAGUGUCGGGUGCAUGGCUUGAUGGUGCUAGCGUCGCAAGUGGGGUGACGUCUGAUAGGGUUAGUCCCCCAGUACGACCCUCCUCGGGUCCAGCUCCCUCACAACAUAGGCGAGCCUCGCAAGGAAGUCUUUCGGUGAAAAAUUCCUUGGAUGGAGUUUGCCUUGAGAGGAAUAACUCAGUCGAUAAAGAGAGUUAAAUUUCAAAAUACGAAUGUUUGAAUUAAUUUUUUGUUGGACUCUUUUUUUAA